AUGGAGAAGUCCGUGGCGCUGAAGUUGGCGCAGCGCUGCCUGCCCUUCUUCGAGCGCAAGGGUGUGGGCAGGCUAACGGACAUCGAAAGCGUACGGCCCAAGAGCCUGUUGGGCUUGUGGACGGGCGCGGGCCGCGUGGACGCAGUGGAGGUGACUGGCAAGGGCGGCUCCGCUUCUUUUGUGGUGAAGACCAUCGGCACCUUGGAUGGAUGA